GGCUUACUUACAACCGGAACCUUACAGAGCUUGACUUACACGGACCAUCAAGCGCGCGUAAGUUGAACCCCACAUCAGUUAAGCUUUUACCAAACAGGUCUCACCACGCUGUCACAAAUCCCAUCGCGCCCGAAUUUCUUGACAUCACCUUCACCACUCGCAACAACCUUCCGCAGUCGCAUCGCAUCGCACGCGCGAAAGUCUCGGCAAGUAUGGACGCCCUCCGAUCGGCCGUGACGCCCAUCACCCACAACCUGCCCGCGCCCAUCCGCGACCUCGGCGAAUCCCUGAUCGGCGCGCACUGCUACAAGACGCUGCUCCUCGAUGUCGCGCUAGACGACCAGGCCUGCCUGAAGCUCGCGAUCAGCAAGGGGCUCGGCAUUGGAAUUGUGGCUGCCUCGUCCAUUGUCAAGGUCCCACAGAUCCUCAAGCUUGUCAAGUCGCGCUCGGCCGAGGGUGUCAGCUUCCUCUCGUACUUCCUCGAGACGACAGCGUACCUCAUCACGCUCGCAUACAACUACCGAAACGAGUUUCCGUUUAGCACAUAUGGCGAGACAGCUCUGAUACUGGGACAGAACGUUGUCAUCUCGGUCCUGGUUCUGAACUACAGCGGAAAGGCUGGCCUGGCGGCCGUCUUCGUGGCCGCCCUCGCCGCUGCGGUUGGCGCGCUGUUCACGCCCGGUGUGCUCGACGUCAAGGCCUUGAGCUACCUCCAGGCCGGCGCGGGCCUCCUGGGCGUUGCGAGCAAGGUCCCCCAGAUUGCUGCCAUUUGGUCGCAAGGCACGACUGGCCAGUUGAGCGCCUUUGCUGUCUUUAACUACCUCGCCGGAUCGCUCACCCGCAUCUUCACCACUCUACAGGAAGUCGACGACAAGUUGAUCCUGUACGGCUUCAUCUCCGGGUUCGUCCUGAACCUGAUCCUGGCCACGCAGAUGAUCUACUACUGGAAUGCGCCGUCUGAGAAGGCCAAGGGCAAGCGCAGGGCGGCUCCCAUCCAGGCUGCGCCCUCCGCCACUUCAUCAGGGGCUUCCAGCGGGACGCCCACAAAGAAGGGUCCCACCACUCGACGAAGGGGUUAAAUCGUUCUGCACCCCAUAAUUGUAUGCCUUUUAAUCAUGGGGAGAUAGUAAUAUGGCUUCAAUUCAUUCUUGCUUAACGCAAUUAUUGUUGUACACGACCCAAUUC